UUGUGGGUCCUAUUAUUCAAUAGCAAAUGAAUAAUAAGAAUGCUGCAAAAAAGGCUUAUAUAUUUAUCUUUAUAUGAGCCUCUUCCAUUUAAGCCUUGACUCACCCACUUCUCUGUUUCUUUUAUUUUCUUAUUCUUCGUUUGUUCUCUUUCUCUCAGGCCUUUUCACAAACACAUUGUUACUCGAGCAUUCAUUGAAGCUUUUCCUUGUAGAAACCACCAUGGGAAGACCUCAGCAACGAUACCGUGGUGUUCGUCAAAGACAUUGGGGCUCUUGGGUCUCUGAAAUUCGACACCCCGUCUUGAAGACUAGAAUAUGGCUAGGCACAUUUGAAACAGCAGAGGAUGCUGCAACAGCAUAUGAUGAGGCAGCAAGGUUAAUGUGUGGGGCAAAAGCUCGAACCAAUUUCCCAUACAAUCCUAAUGAUCCUACUUCUUCAUCAAAGCUUCUCUCAGCUACCUUGGCAGCUAAGUUACAUAAAUGUCAUAUGGCAGCACUUCAACUAGCUAAAACAAAUGCAGCAAAAGAGUCAUAUUCAGCACAAUGUCACCCUUUAACUCCCACCCAUGGCAUUACCGGAAACAAUGCGGAAACGGGUUAUCGCCGGCAACCGGAGAUCAAAUGGGAAGCGGAAGAAAAUCCAGUGGGGAGCGAACAACAGUUCAUCCCACUAGAAGAUGAUGAUAUAGACCAAAUGAUAGAGGAGUUGCUUGAUUAUGGAUCUAUUGAACUUUGUUCUAGUAGUUCUACUUAAGGUCUAAUUAUUUGUAAGCAUGUCCCCCCCCCCCCCCGGCCCCCCAAAUGUUAAUGCAUAAGCUUCCCUUUUCUUCUUCCAUUUUUCUAGUUCUUGGUAAUCAUAUAUAGGCCAUUUGUAAUGUGAAAGUAUUCAAGUAGGAAACUCUAAGGAUCAGAUAUGAUAUAUAUGUAUGAAUCUCUAUAUCAUCUGAAUUACAU